AGUUAUGAGUUAAUGUCAGUAAAAGAUCUCUUGCGAUCGUGGUGUUUGCUGAUCAUAAUUACAGUAAAAUUACGAAAUACUGAUCGAUAUUCUAUUUUUUUAUUAAAUUAAGUGACUAAAUACAAUUAACUUUAUCAAAUAAGCACCUAUUAUAAAACGUACCGGCUAUGGAUUCAGACAAUUUAACUAAACAGGCUGAGGAAGUAGAAGCCCUGAGUGCCAUCUACGGUGACGACUGGAUCACAGAGAGUGAAGUAACAAGGUCGUAUAGCAUUAGAAUAGAGGAGAAUAAAAACGAAGUAAGGCUGUAUGUGACAAUGCCUGAUGACUAUCCUUCUAAUUCCCCGCCAAAAUAUGAGUUGUCGGCUCCUUGGAUGGAUCGGAAGGCCAAAACGCAGCUACACCAUCAGUUAGACGAAGUAUACUUAGAGAAUGUAGGUGAGAAUGUGAUUUUUCAAUGGGUGGAAAAGAUACGAGAAGUGUUACAAGCAAUCAAACCAGCUGAGAAGAAAGUAGAAGCAAAGCCUAAAGCUGUUGAGUCACUAGAUUUAGCUUUGUUAGAUAUAAACUGUCCGGAUAUCACUCAUGGUGAAGUGAUCGUAGACAGAAAGAGCUCAUUCCAAGGUCAUGCUGCAGAAGUACAUUGUCUUGAAGAUGUCAAUGCUGUCUUAACAAAAUUGAAGCUAAACAAGAAGAUUCUGAACGCCACACACAACAUGUACGCGUACCGCAUAGAACGCAAGACGGCUAAAGGCACCAGCAUACUGCAGGACUGUGAUGAUGAUGGAGAGGCCCAUGCAGGGGGAAGGAUGUUACAUCUCUUGCAGAUAUUGGACCAGAAGAAUACUCUUGUUGUUGUGUCUAGAUGGUACGGAGGUAUACAACUAGGCCCCGAUAGAUUCCGCCACAUAAACAACGCGACCAGACAAGUUAUACAGCAGGCAGGGUUACUGAAGAAAUGACGUUUAGCUGAGAACAUAGCAUAAGGUGCGAAUAUUACUGCUACAUUGAAGAUAACUGCUUUGUGGAUUACCCAUCAAAAUACCUGCAGACUGAAAUUCAAUAGCUGGGUUCAGCGAUUUUUUAUUUUUUUAAUUCUCUGAUGUCUGAUGUGUUUUGAGGAGUGCUAAGUGCAAUCGAGCUGUGGAUGGGUAUCCAUACUAUACGUACUGCUCCGUACCUCAGAAACACAGUCAUGAAUAUACUUUGGCAUUUUUGGUAUCUUUGGCAAGACAUUACGGGGGUAUUUAUGGGGAAAAAAUAACAAAAUAUAAAUAAAUAGUCUUAUAUUAUUGGAUACCUACAGCAAUUGUCCAAGAUAUUACAAGUUAAUAUGGGUAGUUAAAUGAUCCACAAAGCUAGUUAUCCAUUGUGUCUAUUUUGUAUAGACUGUAUCUUUUAGUCAGACUAUGGCAUAAAGUGCCUUCAUAUUCAUUACUUUUUUACUCAGGCAUAAAUAUUACUCUUAGAAUUAUAAGAUGUUUAAUGUAGUGGAACUGAAUUGACUGCUAUUUUAGCUUACUAUAAUGUGUAUCGAAAAUAUAAUUAUACUAUUUUACUUUAGGACACUUCUCAGUUAGGCUCACAUUAUGUGCAUGUAUCUUUCAUUCAAAACUGAUGAAAUGCGAGUGUGAAGUUUCGAUAUAGAUGGAAUGAUUUGAAUAUGGGUUUCGAUAAGUUGUCAUGGGAAAAAUAUGGUCUUUCACCAUUUUUUAUUUCAAGCCUUACCUGGCAUUGUGAUUUUAUUGGAUCUCUAGGUUAAAAUCCUUUAAGUUUAAAAUAAACCAAUGUAAAUGUAUAUAAACCUGUAUAUUAUGUACUUUAAAACAAUAUUUACAAGAUAAUAUUUUUUCACGAUUAACUUUGUGCUAUCUUUUAUUAUUUCUUGAGUUGUUGUCUGUUGUUUUAACUGUUAUGCAUUUUUUAUCCAAGAAUUUCAGGAGAUCCUGUAAUCAAAAUGAUAUAAUGUAAGACAGGAGGAAUAAAAUGAUUUUGUUUUA